AUGUAUCGACCAACAAGCAACCUCCCAUCGCAUUUGCGCCAAUCCUCUCUAUCGUCCUCGAAUUCGCAAACAUCCGCCCUGCAGCAGCGCAUCAACGAGAAACGUGCCGAGCUCGAGAAUCUCAAACAACUACGCGAACUCAGUGCUGGUNNCUUGCUGGUCAGAUGGAGCAACUCGAGGAAAAACUGUCCACUCUUUCAGAUGGCACCCAGGGUGCGUCAUCUUCUUCUUCUCUACCCAGAACUCGAACUGAUUCUCUCAGCCAUCGCAACCGUUCUCUCCAACUGGCAUACAGUGCUCAGAGCAAUCCAUAUGGCUUCCGCCCACAUCGCGAAGCCCCAACAAGACGCCGAAACAGAACCCGACGCCCAGCUUCCUCUGCCCCAAACCCUUGUCAGAAUACCCAUGCAGCAUGUCGACCAAUCCGAGCCCGCCCAGUCCGAGAAUGGCGACGAUUCAACCGUCAGAUGA